AUGUCUGAAAAGGAGAGUACUUCAGAAGAGCAAGAUGAUAUCACCAGUCAAUUUGGAACCAAUUCAAGAGCACAAUUAGUAGGGGAACCUGGAUUUAUUAAAGAAAUAGCAAAUUCAUUAAAUGAAGCCUUUGAUUACCCAGAAGAAAAACCCUCAACUCUGGUUUGUGAAACUUAUCCUCAAAAGGAUACAUUAGAGUCAACAUCUUCCUCUGGAAUUAAAUCUAAGAGAAAUGAAGAACAAAGGCAAAAGCUUCAAUUUUCUGAAACAAGCACUAGGAAUCUCAGCUCACAAUCAAAAACAGAAAUUUCACCAAGUACAUCAGAAUCAAUGACUGACAUGAUUCAAGAAUAUCAGACCUUUAUUAAAUUUCUAUCUCAUAAAACAAGAAAAAUUAGUACACGACUCCCUGAAGAAAAUCAGCAAGGACUUGACUUAGGAUCAGAUAACUUCACAGUUAACCUUGAGGCCAAGGGUUUACAAGAAUUCCCUAAGGACAUUUUAAAAAUCAAAUAUGUAAAAUAUCUAUAUUUAGACAAGAACCAAAUCAAAACUUUUCAAGUGACAGACUCAGGUGAUCUGUUAGGACUUGAAAUUCUAUCUUUGAAAGAAAAUGGGUUAUCAUCACUUCCACCUGAAAUUCGGUUACUGCAUAAUUUGAAGAUAUUAAAUGUCAGUCACAACCAAAUAUCACAUAUACCUAAAGAAAUAUCACAACUUGUGAAUAUCAGGCAACUCUUUUUAAAUAACAAUUACAUUGAAAAUUUUCCUUCUGACUUAGAAAGUCUUGGAAACUUGGAAAUUUUAAAUUCGGCUAGAAAUAAGUUAAGGCAUAUACCAGAAACUUUGGCUAGUUUGAAAAACCUGAGAGUUCUCAAUCUAGACUAUAAUCAGUUAACAAUAUUUCCUAAAGCUCUAUGCCUGCUUCCAAUGUUAAUUUCACUAAACCUUACUGGAAAUCUGAUAAGCAGUUUGCCAAAGGAAAUUAGGGAGCUUAGGAAUUUAGAAAACUUUUUAAUGGAUCACAAUAAACUUACUUUUUUGGCUGUGGAAAUUUUUCGAUUGCUGAAAAUGAAAGAACUGCGAUUAUCAGACAAUAAAUUGGAAGUUAUUUCACACAAAAUUGAGAAUUUCAGGGAACUUAGGAUUCUUACGCUUGAUAAAAAUUUAUUGAAAAGUAUUUCAGAGAAUAUUUCCCACUGUGUAAUGUUGGAAUGGCUUAGUCUUAAUGAUAAUAAAUUAACAGAACUUCCUAAGAAUAUCCAGAAACUUAAAAAUUUAAAGAAACUUCACGUAAAUGGAAAUUAUAUGUUGAGAAUAACGGAAGAGAUCUCACAUCUUAAUAAUUUACACAGCCUAGAAUUUUCAGGAAAUCUAAUCACAGAUGUUCCCAUUGAAAUAAAAAAUUGCAAAAAAAUAACUAAUUUUAAAUUGAGCUAUAACAAAAUAAUAUAUUUUCCAGUGGGACUGUGUGCUUUGGAUUCUCUUUAUUAUUUGAGUUUUAAUGGCAAUUAUAUUUCAGAAAUACCUGUGGAUAUAUCUUUCAGUAAACAACUGCUUCAUUUAGAAUUUAGUGAAAACAAACUCCAUGUAUUUUCUGAGUACUUAUGUUCCCUUAUUAAUCUUAAGUACCUGGAUCUUGGUAAAAACCAAAUAGAAAAAAUUCCACCAUCUAUUUCCAAUAUGGUCUCACUCCAGGUACUCAUUUUAUGCUGUAAUAAAUUUGGAACAUUCCCUAGAGAAUUAUGUACUUUAGAAAAUUUGCAUGUACUUGAUAUUUCAGAAAACCAAAUACAGAAAAUCCCUUUAGAGAUCUGUAACUUAAAAGGAAUCAAUAAAUUAAAUGUCUCAAGCAAUCAAUUUAUAUAUUUUCCUAUUGAACUGUGCCAACUUCAAUCAUUGGAAGAGCUGAAUAUAAGUCAGAUAAAUGGGAGAAAGUUAACAGGACUUCCAGAAGAAAUGUCUACUAUGACUCAACUUAAAGAACUUGAUAUCUCAAAUAAUGAAAUCAGAGAGCUUCCAAGAAAUAUAGGGGAAUUGAGAAGUUUGGUUAGUUUAAAUGCAAGCAACAAUCAAAUAAGUUAUCUACCACCAUCUUUUCUAUCUUUAAAUGAUCUCCAGCAACUAAACUUGAGUGAAAAUAAUUUGACAGCUCUGCCUAGUGGUAUCUACAAUCUUUUUUCACUGAAGGAGAUAAAUUUUGAUGACAAUCCUUUGCUGAGGCCUCCAAUGGAAAUCUGCAAUGGAAAACAGUUAUAUACUAUUGCACGCUAUCUACAGAGGGCAGAUGAAAGAGACGAGAAAAUUUUAGAGAAGAUCUUCAAGAUAGUUGCCAACAACAUCACUGAAACAAAUUUCAUAAUUUUGUGUCAAAAACUAAACCUUACAAAUUCAGAAACUGAUAUGCCUACCCAGAGAGUCCACCAAACACUUGAUACAUGGAAAACAGAAAGUAACAACUUGUCGCUAACUGCUGCUGCCUUAAGAGACCAACUGAUUCGGGCACUAACUAUGAUAGGAGCACAUGAAAUUAUGGACAAAAUAACAGCUUUAAAACUUUUUACAUGUACAAUUAAAUUCUGA